AUGAACAGAGGCAACAGAGUUGCCGUGAUUGGCAUGGGAUCAUUGGGCCUCGUCGCCUUGAAGAACUGUCUAGAAGAGGGCUUCGAGGCGAUCGGCUUCGAGAGGAGCUCAUACGUUGGUGGCCUCUGGAAGUACACCCCAGAUGAAAACAAGACUUCUGUGCUUCCAACCACUAUCGUCAAUAUCUCUAAAGAGAGGGGGUGUUUUACAGACUUUCCGUUUCCAAAAGAAGUACCAAGCCAAUGCUCGGCCAAGCAAGUUGAAGAUUACCUCGAAAGCUACGCAGACCACUUUAAGCUACGUCCUUUCAUACGUCUCAGUACGCAAGUGGGACGUGUGCAUCAUGACGAAAAUACGAAGAAAUGGGUCAUUGAGAUCGAUGGCUCCCCAACCGAAAUCUUUGACAAGGUCAUUAUCGCAACAGGCAUGAACCAGACGCCCAACUACCCUGAAAUUAAGGGUAUCCAAUCUUUCCCCGGCCGACAAGUGCACUCGAAAUCGUUCAAAAAGUUUGCCAGACCAGAAGAGUUCAAGGGGAAACGUGUCCUCGUUGUUGGUUUUGGGAACAGCGGUGCUGAUACGGCGGUAUCCCUCAUCGGACACGCGAAGAUUUACAUCUCACAUAGAGAAGGCGCUUAUGUUAUUCCUCGCGUCAACAAGGGGAGACCUAUUGACCACACAAUCAACGUCCGCUUCACGAAAGUUCAGGCGUUCUUGGAAUACUUUUUUCCGAAGGCAAGCGAGAGCUUUUUCAACAGGGUGGUGAAGGGGCUGCAAGACAACAACUUCAAAAUUCGACCGGAGUGGAACCUCUCUCCAGCCCCGUCUUUGAAAACAACCAGUCCGGUGGUGUCAGACGAGAUCAUUCCCGCACUGGAACGUGGAGACGUGGACUCAGUAACUGGCAUCGAUGAAGUGACCGGCGACGAAGUUGAGCUCACUGACGGCAGAGUUCUUCAAGUGGAUGCCAUCGUUUAUUGCACUGGAUACAAGGCCGACUUCAGCAUCCUUGAUCCGAAGGAUGACCCAGCAAAUACGCCGAACCCAGAGUGGGUUGCUGCGAAGGGAGCGAGGGGCAAACCGCUUCCGAGGCUCUACAAAAAUGUUCUGUCUGAGAAGUAUCCGGAGUCUCUUGCGUUCAUGGGUUGCGUAGCCUUUGCAACUGGCGCAUUUCAGCUGUAUGACCUAGCAGCUAUGGCGAUUGUUCAGAUUUGGAAAGGAGCUUCGCCCUUGCCCUCCGCGGAAGACAUAGCACGUUCAAUUGACAGGCAGCAUGCAUGGACAACAGCCUUGGCUAAGGAGAGAAAGGUCAUGCCUGCAGUCGUGAACGGGCUUGAAUGGACGGCUUGGGCUGACCGUACAGCUGGCACUGGCGUUGACGUAUAUUUAGGCUGGGGAUGGAAGGGUUGGAAGUUCUGGUUCCAAGACCCUCAGUUCUGCGGUCUUUUGAUGGGUAGUGUUUAUAGCCCGCACAUUUAUCGCUACUUUGAUGGGAAAAGGAAGAAGUGGGACGGAGCGAGAGCUGAGAUUGAAAGAUUGCAUAGAGUAGACUCAGCAAAGUCUAAGACUGUCUAG